GGUGGAGGAUUAAACUCUGAUAGUUUUCCUGUAGGCUGAUCACUCCUGCGUGUAGUUUUUUAUUCACGUUGGUUACAGACCUGCUUUCCAGAUCGGCUCUUUUCGGUUUAUUUCGAGUCUCGUGAUUAUUGGUGAAUAAUCAGCACAAGUCGCUUUUUGUGGAUCAGUGGUGAAGCUCCGGAUUUCUCACGAUGCAUUUACACGCUGUGUUCUGCAUUCUGCUUCUGCUGACAUGUACAGGAGUAUCCUUUGGCCAGCAGCUGUUAUUACCUGAGAGGAUGGAUAUAAAAGUUGGGGAGAACCUGGUGAUUACCCCAAUCAGCAUUCCUGAUUCCUCACGUGUUUCCACCAAAUGGAACUAUAAUGGAAAAACAUUUCUUACUGAAAUUCACUCAGGAAUUAUAAUACAGCCACCGUACACUGACAGAGCCAGUCUGAACACCAACACUUUAGCUCUGACUCUCAAAAGCCUGACUGAGAGUGAUUCUGGACAAUAUACUCUGGAAGUAGUCACUGUUACAGAAACUAAUUCAAGCGUGACGUCAGUGCAGGUGUUUGUGCCAGCAUCCAAUGUUACCAUAUUACCAAGUCAAACAGAACUGGUUGAAUUCAACAGCACUGUGAGUCUCAGGUGCUCUGCGUCUGGCUCCUUUCUUACAUUUGUGUGGCUGAACAGAAGCUCUGAGGUAACAGAAGAUGAUCGAGUUCAGUUAACAGACAGCAACAGCAGUCUGACCAUCACUAAUGUGACCAGAGCUGACAGAGGUCCAUACUAUUGUAAUGUGUCCAACUCUGUCAGCCAAGCAACAAGUCCUUCAAUGAACCUCAUUAUUCAUUAUGGUCCAGAAAAUGUUGCUGUCAAAGCAGAUCCAGAGGGACCCGUUUACAGAGCUGGGUCUAACGUCAAACUGACCUGCUCAGCUGAGUCCAGCCCUGCUGCUGAGUUUCACUGGGCUGUGAAUGGAUCAGCACUUGGUCAAAUGGGACACAAGCUCAUAAUGAACAACAUUCAGAGCAGUCAGAGUGGCAGUUAUACCUGCAUCGCCCAUAACACAAAGACCCUGAGAUAUUUCACUUCUGAACCCAUCAGCAUCACUGUACUAGUGCCAGUCUCCAACAUUGCCAUAGCAACAAAUAAAACGGAAGUUGAACUCAACAGCACUGUGAGUCUCGUCUGCUCUGCAAAUGGCUCCUCGCUUAAAUAUUUUUGGCUGAAUGAUAGUUCUGAGGUAACAGCAGGAGAGCGAGUUGAGCUAACAGACAGCAACACCACUCUGACCAUUACCCGUGUGAUCAGAGGGGACACAGGCCCAUACCAAUGUGGAGCUUCAAACAACUUCAACAAGGAAUUAAGUCCUUCACUGAGCCUCACCAUUUCUACUGGAAAUGCAGCGGACGUGCCACUGUCUGCAGGAGCGAUAGCUGGAAUUGUUAUUGGAGUUAUAGUCGGUGUCGCUGCAAUUGCUGGUUUGAUUUACUACUUUGUGACAAAAUACAAGCCAGAAACUUCUUCCAGAGGAAAUAAGCACAGUGGAGCAAACGGAGGACAGCAUGAGUUGCACUAUGCCGACAUCACGCAUAAUCAAAGGCAUCAAGGAAAUGCCAUGCCAAAUAAUCCCACACCUUCCCAUGUGUCUCAGCAAAGUAAUAUUCAGCCAGCAUCUAAUCCUGCAUCACAAACUAUUUAUUCUAAUGUGAGGAACAUGAAAUAAUAAAAAAUGUGGAUGAAACUGACUAAGCCUGCCAAUUUCCACAUAUUUGAUCGACUUGCCAUUUUAAUGAAAGAGAAAAAUAAAAAAAAGAAUUCAGUGAAUGAAUGUCUUUCUUUUGCUUCAAUAGGCAUUUCUAUGUAACCCUUACAAUGAGUCUGAUUUUGUCUUUAGACUUUCUUGCUUGCAAUAUUUUAUACAAGUGACAGCGAGAUUCAAUUUGCAAUGUUCUUAUCAAUGUUAUAUAUUGUAUAUAACAUUGAAAAAAGUAGAAAAA